UUGUCAAACUUGGGAUCCAAACGUGGUCGUAUCGACUCCUCUUCUUCACCCUCACCUAUCUUCCUGUCGGAAACCACAUAGAUCACACGCUCAUCACGUCUCUCCCUCUCUCUCUAGAAUGGAUCCUCGAAGAGCUUACAGUCUGAUUCUUUUGUGCAUCCUCUCUCUUGUAUCUCUGAAUUCCAAGGCAGCUUAUGGAGAUUCAACGGUGGUUUUCCUCGAUAGCCCUACUCGCCAAUAUCUUCGCCAGCCAUCAACUCCGACUGGUUCACUUUCUCCAUCUGAAAUUGGUGCUACUGCAUCAGUGUUGCUUGGCUUUUCACCCCCUUCUACACUUACUGCUGCUAGUUCAUCCAAGCUAAAUGAGGUGCUUAAGCCUAAUCCAUUUGAUAGGCCUCGUGCCAUGUUAAUGCUUGAAGUUACCGGAGCUGAAGACUCUCAACUCAUUGAUGAUUUAAAAAAAUCUCCAUUUAGCAAUGCUCUGAGGAUCAAGGUUGAGGGAGAUGAAAGAGUGGACAUUCAGCUUCCAGAUGAAAAUGAAGUGUCAUUGGUCUCAUUGAAUGGAGAAUCAAGUGAUCCUGAAUGUUCAGAAAAAGAACUAAGUGAUUUUGCAUCUUGGUUGGGUGGAUCAUAUACUGGGGAUGCAUCAGGACCACUGAAUGGAGAGUUAAUCCUUCCCAUGGCUGAUGGAGCCUUUCUAAGACUUCAUAUGUCAGAGAGAGCUGACAGGGAAUUCGCAACGAGUCUUGUGACCCUCGUUAAUAAUAUUAGAAGGGCAAAAGAGAUACAUCAAGUGUUUGCAAAAAGUGAGCGGAGUCCAGCAGAGCUCAUUACGGGGAGAUAUGAUGGAAUCAAGGCUUUACAAGAUCAUUAUGGAAAAGAAGGCAUCGCUCAGAGUGGAUUGGAAGUAUUUGUCAAUUCCAUUUCAAAGGCAUUUGACUCCUUGCAGGCAGCAUACCAAGGAAAAAUUGUUGGAGUCAUUGCCAAAAGUGGUCGUGCAGGCCCAGAGCUGGAGAAUAUGUUCCACGUCACAGUAACUUCUCGACCAUCUGCUCGUUGGUUGGAGGAAACAAAAGCCUCUCCAAACACAACCGAAAUUGCAGAAGUGCUGUUUGUUAGAACGACCUUGGCUUGGAUAACAGGAAUCAUUCUUCUUAUUGCCACUCUUUUGGGGAUUCUUUUCCUUUUGAACAUGCCACUCACGAGAGACACCCUUCUGUAUUCUAAUGUAAAGCUUGACUGAUCAUCAUCAGUACCAGUUUAUUCUCUUGGAUGGAAUACGGGAGGUCCAACCUGCCCUGACACUUCAUGCAGAUGAGAUCAAGAUCUAUGAUAAUGGAUCCAGUCGUUUAACUCGUGGCAUUCAAUUUAAUAUUCUUGUGAUUAUUUAGCAUCUCAAGCUUUUGUUUGAUCGAUUACUAGUGGGUAGCUCAUACUUGGAAUAAAAUUAUUCGAAAUCCCGUUUGGAGUUAAAAAGCUCGAAAAUCUAGAGUUGGUAAAUGUGUUACCGUGUGUAUUGGACAACCAGUCUUUGAAUCAUUAGUCAACUGUCGUGGAGAAGUAUGGCUUUUGGCAUGAAUUUCGCCCUAUUUAUGAACUGAAAAUUUCCACAUUU